UUGAAUGGGUUUCGCCUUGCUGCAUUCGGUCACACUGGCGAAAAUAAUAAUAUUUCCUAAUCAAUAUACCUGAUAUCAACAACUGAUGCACAAAACACACCGUCUCACCGACAGCCAGUACAUGGAGGUCGAAGGCUUGCUGCAGGCAAUGGACAUGCCCACCAGCCACGAUCCGGAGGCGGAACUGGAGUCGGAGUCCACGUCGCUGUGCCGCCUGAGCCGCUACAACGUGACCAACCUGUACGAUGGGCCGGCGGCGGCUGGCGGGGGGUCAUCUCUGGCCUCGGGCCGCCAGCGCUGCUACACAAUGCCGCAUGUGCCACCGCCAGCGCCGCCCUCCACGCCCACACUGCUGACCGUCGGAGGCAGUGGCGGUGGCGGGGGCGGCGGCAGCAGCACCUCCGUAUCCGUCUCCAUUUCGCCCACCUGCUCCAUCGGCAGCAUCCAUCCCCUGGAUGGCCAGAGCCAGAGCCUCAGCCAGAGCCCCUUGAACCACUUCAUCUAUGUGAAGAACGGCAAGAACCUGCGUCGCGAAUCGCGCUGCGUCGACUCGGAGCUGUCCAAGCUGUUCAACGUGGUGUCCAUCACGAACCGGCUGACGGCCAUCAAGAAUCGGAGCGGCGGUUCCAUUUCCAACUCCAAUUCCAGCGGUAUCCUCAACGCCUCGCGCACCAUAUCGAAGCUAAAUGGGGCGACGGCCACCAAGAUCUUCAAGAUCCACCGGGAUCCCAAGGAGUUUCUGCGCGAAACGGACGAGGAUUCGGUAUCAGCGCCGGAGUACGACGAGGAGGAGGAGGACACCCGGUUCCGGUUCUUUCGGCGGGCGCGCUAUUCGCGCAGGAUGUCGCGAUCCGGACGCAAGUUCGCCCGCAAAUUUGCACGAUUCGAGCACCACGAGCGCAUGGAGACCAUCGUCGAUAGCUUCGAUGCGGCCAUGAGCUUUAACGAUGCGGACACCUGAGAGGCGGAGGCCACGACGACGAGGGCGACGACGACGACGACGACAAGAAGAAGGACGACGACGACGGCAACAGUUGAGGAUGAGGACGAGGACGAGGAUGAGGCAUGGCAGAUGGUCGGCCAAACAAUGUGAUGAAUGUGAAUUUCAACUAAAUUAUUUUAAUUGCUACAAACUACUAUUAUUACUAUUAUUAUUACCGAUUACCGAUUACCGAGCUGUUCUCUCCAUACGUUUAGUUUCCUUCUACGCCGAUUGCCGUGGCCUCCGGGAUCCCAGCUCCAUUCGUUUCGUUUCGAUUCGACUCGAUCCGAUCCGAUCCGGGCUUGGAUGCGGAUCGCGGACGCAGCGCAGGGCACGCAUUUAGUUUAAAGCCUAGUUUUACGCCUACGCCUCUGGGGCGGAGCAGGUGCAGCCGACCACCGACUGGUUGUUUGCUCCACGAACAGAACGAUUCCAAUAAAUGCACAAAACGUGUUGUAUUCGAGAAGAGAGAUUAA